AUGUUUGCAGGGAAAAAUGGUGUUCUUAACUUAGCAAAUGUUGACCCCAAGACAAUAGAUACAUCAGAAUGGAAAAAGCCUCCAGUAUCUGAUUCAGGCAAGCGCUUAUCACAUCAGCUGAGCAUUGGGGAUCUGCACCUGGUCAAUCAUAAAGAAUCACAGGAUUCUUCAGUCAAAAACAAUGAUCCUCCAGAGGUUACCCAUAACUACAAAGACCAAGUUUUUCUGAACUUGGGUAUUGAAAUAAAAUUGUAUGAGAAAGACAGAACUCACAAUCAUGGAACUGGAAAGGACAUUUUCAGGCCUGCUGUUGUUUUGAGUGCCUGGUUUUUUUGUAGCUUUGUUACAAUUAUGCUGAAUAAAUAUAUUCUUUCCACUUUGGAUGCUGAUCCCGGACUUCUUGGUGAAUUUCAAAUUGUCAUGACUACAGUGUUUGGUUUCAUUGCAAUGCAUCUUCCAUGUAACUUUCUAAAACCGAAAAAGGAAAAACAUCCAGAAAAUUACAGCAGAAUUAUUUUUAUACGGUCUAUGGUGAUAUUAGGUUUGCUUCGGUUUGGAUCCGUUGUAUCCUCAGUUGUUGCAAUGAAAAAUGUUGCAAUUUCAUUCUCAGAAACAAUUAAAUCAUCUGCACCAUUAUUUACUGUUAUUACAGCUUACUUUAUACUUGGGGAGUAUUCUGGGAUAUAUGUCAGUUUAUCACUGAUUCCUAUUAUGUUUGGCUUGGGCAUUUGUACAUCAAACGAGAUUAGUUUUGUACCAAUUGGGUUCUUCUCAGCUUUGCUAAACAAUGUUUUUGAUUGUAUACAAAACGUUUAUUCAAAGAAACUUCUUACUGGGGACCAAAAUUACAGCCCAAUGGAUCUGCAGUUUUACACCAGCGUUGCUGCAGUUAUAGUACAGCUACCAUUUUGGUUGUUCUUCAUGGAUUUCGGUGACAGCAUUAAUGGCGUUGAUCGACAUUUGGUUGGAGUCCUCUUGCUCAACAGUGUCUUGUUUUACUUUCAAAGUUUCACAGCCUACUUUCUUAUGUCACUGAUUUCACCAAUUACGUUCAGCGUUGCAAGCACAGCCAAGCGUGCGGUUUUAAUAUGGUUUUCGGUGUUGGUGUUUGGCAACAGUGUGACAGUCCUGAGCGCCAUUGGAACUGUAUUUGUAGUCGUUGGCGUAUUUCUCUACCACAGGGCCAGGCAUAAGGAAGCUGCAGAACGAAUGAGACAACUCGCUGAAAAGGAAGUAAAACAACUCUCACAGUAAUGCAUGCACAUUCACGUUUACAAUUGUUCUUUAUAAUUCACAAAAGUAGCAACAUACUUAAGUUUUUCUUUGAUAAUUACUCCUACACGAUCCCA